AUGGAGAUCAAGUACACGUCCCUCAACGCGUAUCAGUCUGAGAUCAGGCUCCUCACAGUCGACCCGGGCAAGCCCAGGGACGAGCUGCGUUGCUCGCUCUCUGUGGUGUCAUUGAAUGCGAAGCCCAUAUAUGAAGCCCUUUCCUACGUCUGGGGCGAUUCAUCCAUCACUGCCGAUAUUACAGUCGAUGGAGUCUCGCACCCGGUCACUGCGAACUUGAAGUAUGCGCUCUGCGCUGUACGGGGACUUUCGAAACCGCGAAUCAUCUGGGUGGAUGCGAUCUGCAUCAACCGGGAAGACCUCCUCGAGAAGAACAGUCAGAUCCCGCUCAUGGCACGAAUCUACUCGGCGGCCUUCAAUGUCGUCGUGUCUAUUGGGCCAGGUAGCCCUAGCCUAGACUAUUUCGCGGACUGGGCGCAUGUCUAUCUUUCAAAGCGACCCUUCUCGUUCCGCUGGAUCCAGAGGAACGUCCUACCGGGACUCACCCCUUCGUCACGGGCGCAGAAGCGGAUUCGGGACGCCAAGUUUGUGCGAUCAGAGAUUACAUUCUGGAAGCAUCAGUACUUUCGGCGCAUGUGGACGGUCCAGGAGCUUGUCCUGGCCAACAAAACACCCAUCGUUUUGAUCGGGCAGAAAGCGGUUCUUCUCACGAGAGCCAACGACGACUGGAUGUCGUUGCUUGAAGAUUGCGAAGCUGCUUAUGCCAAAGCCUCCGAUAGUCGAUUUGUUGGCCGCAGGUUCAAAGAGGAGUUUAAGAACAUCCUGGAGCAGGUUCACGCUAUGAUGGAUCCGCCGGCCCUCCAAGAAGACACCAUCACGGCCUCUCCACGCCUGGUCCAGAUAUUCCCUCAGCAGCUAACUGCCACGGCGCACCGGGAGUGUUUUGAUCCUCGAGACAGGAUCUUCGCCCUGUACCCCUUGUUUCCCGAGCUCCAGGCAACUUACCCUGCCGAUUAUCGAAAGCCGCCUGAGCAGGUUGUCAUGGAUACAUUGACCUAUAUACUGGAGCACCACCCCUCCUUCUUCUCAAUCAUCUACAUAUGGCCGUUGCGACCACACAGGCUGGAGGAUGAAGGCUAUCCGACCUGGCUGCCUGACAUAACUGGGCGCCAGCCUGAUGGCUUCACAGGUUCGGGGUUCUACGAUGGUGCCCGGCAUGUCCGAUCGAGGCCGGUCAUCGAGAAUAAUAUUCUGUUUCUUGAUGCAUGGAUGGUCGGCAAAUGCAAGGUCGUGUUGCGUUUCGAUGACAGGGCAACGAGGAACCUGGAUAUACUACUCCAAUAUCUUGACGGAGAAAUGGAAGCAUCACUCCAAUAUGACUCUUGGGGCAUAAGAGAGCUGGACGGGACGAAGAUAAACCAGCGCAUAUCCUAUGCCUGCUACUAUCACGAUCACGUUGGGCCACCAGAGUUUCCGGAAGAGAAUUAUCGCCAAGUACAGGCAGAGCUUGAGGCUUGUGGCUACAACGACCUCCCGUGGCAGCGCCUCCCCAAGUCGCUGCAAAUUCUUGGGGAGAAGGCAGCGCGCCUGGCCGGCAAGGCCCUCUUUGUCACCCGCUCUGGCAUGAUUGGGAUCUGCUCGGAUAUGAUUGAGGAUGGAGACUACUUGUUCGUCUCACCCUCUCUGCGUCAGCCGAUGCCGCUCCGGAUCCGAGGUGAGUAUCGCGAUGGGAACGAUAGGCGAUAUGCGAGGCUUGUUGACUUUGCCUUUGUCGACGGUCUGAUUGGGGAUAGCAAGCACGGUGAAGUGGUGAAAUAUGUUGAGUCGCAGAAGCUUACAAGGCUUCGUAUUGGAUGA